GUCGCUGUGAAUGGCAAGACUUAAACAGCUGUUUCCAGCCGCAUUGUAUAGUUAUUUUUCGUGAAUAAAUUUCAAUUAAAAAUAAAAGCAUAUAAAAUGCGUAUCACACAAUAUCUAACUAGCAAAUUAAAAAACUUUUCAAAUUUGCCAAAGGAAUAUAUUGAACGCAGCAAAAAACAGGUUUAUUGGAAAACACCAACCGAGAGAGGCUAUCUGCCAAGUACCGUUGAGCGCAAACGUUAUCGCUAUACAACAAAUCGCUCAUGGACAGGCCAGUUCCGACAACAGAAUAUGCCGGGUACCAUGCGACGAAAAGUAUUUGUGGAGCCAGUUGAGGAUUGGAGCUUCUUCCGUGGCGAUCGCAUUGAAGUGUUAGUCGGCAAGGAUAAGGGUAAACAGGGUAUAGUCACUCAGGUAAUACCCGAACGCAAUUGGGUUAUUGUGGAAGGUAUCAACUGGCAUUAUAGGCGCGUGGGCGCUGAAAAUGAAUUCCCCGGCAUUAUAAUAAAGUCCGAGGCGCCGCUACACGUCACCAAGGAUAUACGCCUUGUGGAUCCAUCCGACCUGCAGGGCACCGAGUUCGAGUGGCGCUUCACGGAAGAGGGCGAAAAGGUGCGUGUAUCUACGCGUUCGGGCCGCAUCAUACCUAUUCCAGAAACGAAUAAUCAAACGCACGACUACAAAACACCCAAUGCUUACAUUGAGCGUGAAAAGGAUACACCAGCUGCCGUUGUUGGCGAGAUUACCUUCCAGCCAAAGUUGUCUACCUUUGAAAUGGACAUAAUGGAGGAAAUGGGUAUAAAGGAGGAACGCACGCCGGCCAAGAGCUAUUGGUAUUAGGCAAUUGUUUACUUC